AUGCCUCACGCAACUGAGUCAUUGAACUUAACUAACGCACCCUCUGCAUCUUCGCCCAUUCCAAUUCCGGGCUCGACAAGCUCGUACAUUCGUACCUCCAUUCCCUCGUACGAUCAAACUACAACAGCUUCCGCAAACAAUAUGUCUGAUUAUGUUGCGCCGGAUGACGGUGCCAGCUACGAUCAAUUUAUUUGUGCAAACUUCUCUACGGAAGACACCUCCGCCGUCCCUAUUCAAUCUGAGGGAAGAAAUGUGACCUAUUAUUGUUAUGAUUACGGAUGCUGUGAUGAAGAAAUCAAUAAUCUGCACGAUUUUCUCCAGCAUGUUGACACUCGACAUCCAGGGCUUUAUGUCAACUCAACUUAUGGAAUCAUGUCUCUUGAUGCCAACGCCAUUUACUCUCAGUCUCGUUUGCCGGCUAUUCCGGUUUAUUCGAUGAUUCCUGCGAAGCUUAACGUUGAAGAUGAAUCUUAUGACAAAGAUCUAUUUUUGGCUCGUCAUCUUUCGUAUUCAUUACGAGAUCCUAACGUGACUGCUACCACGUUUCUCAGUGGUCAAAUUUCGGGUCCUUCUUCCAUUUCCGCAAGUUUCGAGGAUGAUGAUCUUUCGGCAUUGGACACUCUAAACAAUAGUCCUUUCCACACUGAUCAUGAUCCUUCGUUAUCUGUGAUGCCAUCCCCACCUUUAUCCCUUUCGUCUUGUCCGACAACACCCGUUUUCCUGCAAUCUACCGUUUCUUCACCUUUGGGUUUGGAAAGUGUCGGUAUUCCAGCAGCUUACAUUCCGAUUUUAUCACCAGAAAAUUCGACUGCUUCAACUUUAGGUCAAGUGGCAUCAUCUUCACAUGUUGAUCAUGGUACCAAUGCAAAUGAUCAACGAAGAAUGUCAACCCCGGUUACGUCCAUGGAUCCGUCUGAUAGUUCCAAUGUGCCGUUAAAUCGUCAACCAUCCUACGGCUCAUACAUAUCCACAUCUAGCGUCUCGGCAUCCGCUGUAGAAAAUAAUAAUCAAAAUCGACGCGCACCUUUGAAGUCGAUUAAAAAGCAGCCAACGACUUAUGGAUCAUUGACGAUACCAAAUUCCUCUCCCUCAGCCACUGAACAUGAUGGGCGACGUGAUUCCUCUUCCUCCUCACCACCAAGAACGGUCGACCCAAAUUCGUUGAUUAAUCGCCAGAAGUCACCCUAUUUUAAUUCAACCGCCGCGGAAAAUCCAACUGCAUUUAUCCCUGCGACCACUUCUAACUACUUGCAAGCAGGUCCUAUCAAAAUGGAAAAACAAACGUCGCCCACUUCAAUAUUGCCGUCUAACACCACCUCUGGGGCUUUUAUAGCAACUCCCAAGAUUUCUUCUGAUCAAUCACGUAGUCAACACGUGUUAAGCACUGUCUCUUUGAGGCCAUAUACAAAAACGACUUCUUCAAUCGAUAAUGCCACAUUGGCCCCAACAUUCAUCCCGCCAGUCUCCAACACAUCAUACUCCAUGAAUUCAGUCGACG